AUGGACCUUCUCACAUCAACCGUUGAUGCCAGCAUACUAUACGUCGAGCGGAAUCCCUUCCCAAUCGUCUUCCUUGUACUCACCCUCUGGCUCUUUGGACGAUUCAUCCGAGGCCAGCCAAACUCCAUUGACAAUGUCAUCUCGGAAGCAGAGAAAGCUGGGUACCCGCCCAUUGAGCCUCUCCACUCCUUCGACUGGGAGACCACCGAGCCACUGCAGUUCCGACCUUUCAAGGCGAAGUAUCAUCUCACAAUGGCCCUCUCGAACCUCGACAUCUCCACCCUCAUCCCAAUCGACAAGACCUACAGAUCCCGACUCGCCUACCGCCAGUCCCUGCUAUCGAAAUACCCUUCCGUCGUGAUCGGCAUCGGACCCACCGCCGAAACAGAGGGCAGCCUCGCCCACUCUGCCGUCCGCGAGCUCUACGAGUUUGUUCUCGGCGUAUACCUCCCCACCAGGUAUCCGGGAGUCUUUGAUUUGAUUGACUCUGCUAGCAGCAGCAGCAGCAGUCUAGGCCCAGAAAGCAGCACGAGUGACGAAAAAGAGGAGGGUGGUCUAGCCGAACCGACGGCGACGACCGAGAAGAAACCGAAAUACCUCCUCAACAGAAUCACCAAUCAUUCCAUCCCGACCAAAUGCCCCACCUCCGCCCGCGAAGCUCUUACCACGCUGGGAACGGUCGUGGACGAGGACUUCCUGAUCCUACUGCCUACCUCGCAGGUGGGUCCACCGUAUGGUGAUGAAGAGAAAAAGGCGGAGGAAGACGAAUACACCCUGCAAGCGUACACGACCUUCUACCCGGCGGGAUUCGACACGCGGGAGAAACUCGGCCGCACGCUCUCCGCCAUCCACGACCCGGUGCCGCGGUACAAGGAGAAGCUGGAGAAGAGUAUGGACCGAUUCUUUGCCAGGCUGGAGGUCGGGCGGUUCGUGCAGCGGGUGAAUUGGAGUGUGACGACGGGGACGGAGCUAUUUGCUGCGUUCGGGGGCAUUCAUGGAGAUACUACGAAUGAUGGUGGGGAAAAGGGCGGGAAGGAUGAUGGGGUGAUGGGAUCGGAUGAGUUGAAUGUUGAUGAUACCUUCCUGCGCUGCGAGCGCCAGACGCUCCAUCGUCUGCCCGAGACCAAGGCGCUGGUGUUCACCUUCCAUACGUAUACUUACCCGGUCCGGACGGUCAAGGAGGAAGGAUUAGGCGAGGAGCUGGCGCAGGCGAUCGAUGGGUUGAAGGGGGGCAGUGUGCCGGAGAUGUGGUGGUAUAAGAGGGGGGCGGUCUGGGGGGAGGCAGUCAAGGCAUAUCUGCGGGGGUGA